GUGCCACGGAUUAUCGGUGGGUAGUGCGAGGUGGGCGGCGAUCGAUGCACCGAUCGGCUACUCGACACGUAGCGGCGGACGUCCGAUAGCACCGACGACAUGUGAUCGCAUCCGCGAUGUAUUAAUGCGGUUAAUAAAUCUCCUCAAGCCCAAGAUAAUCAACAAAUUCUACUUAAAAACCGACCGAUUGAAUCGACCGAUCUAUUAUCGGCCGUCGACGCUAAUGCGCCAGGAGAGCCAGGAAACUCUCGGCCGCGUUCACAGCGACCUUAGCCGCGGUACGUCUGCCGCCUCUAUUCUCAACGGUAAAUUCAGCAGCCUCGGACAAGGACGUCGGUCGACCCCCACCCUGGCGCCCGGACGUUUAUUUAUACUCGUGUGUGGUGACGAGUGGCAGGCGGCGGGGGUGGGAGCCAACGCGGACGUAAACUGGAGUCACACCAGUGUGGGCCGCGCUGCCGAAGAGCUCGGAUCUCCCCCGGGCGAGUCCAUUGUCGUGCGCCGAUGAACAAUUGCACGUGAAUAAUUAAACGGGCAUCGAUCGAGGCUCGUCCUCCUCCCAUCCCAUUA